UCAACGUCACUUGAGAGCACUCUACUUCUUCAUUUCACCGUAGCGCUGCAGGAAAUGCAUUAAAAUAAGCCAAGAGUAUUCAGACUAUUCAGUGUUAGAGGUCAGCUUUGUGCAGCACUGGAAAACAUGACAAAUUCUGUGAUACGUGUUUAUCUGUUUUUAGUUUACUUAUUAUUAGGCAAUGAAGCAAAAUCGUAUCAUGCUGUCGUUAUUAUUCAUGGGGUUCUCACAGGAAGCGAUAGCAUGGAACUCAUUAGCAACAGAAUUCAGGAGAUGCAUCCUGGAACUCCAGUCUACAACACUAUAAGGUUUGCAGGCUGGAGUAGCUUGGAACCAAUGUGGCAACAAGUAGAAGAAAUAGGCAUGGAUGUACUUUCCAUAAGUGCUGCAUUUCCUGAAGGGAUUAAUUUAAUAGGUUACAGCCAGGGUGGUUUAUUAGCUAGAGCCAUAUUGCAAAGAUUUCCCAUGCAUAAUGUUAGGAAUUUUAUUUCCCUGAGCUCACCGCAAGCGGGGCAAUAUGGAACGCGUUUUCUGCAUUUGAUUUUUCCCGAUUUAGUUUGUGAAACUGCUUACGAGCUCUUUUAUUCACGUCUUGGACAACACACCAGUAUUGGAAAUUACUGGAAUGAUCCUCAUCACCAAGAAUUGUAUUACAAAUUCAGCAAGUUUCUGCCAUACGUGAACAGUGAAGUCGAGAUUUUCAACAAUUCCGACUUUAAAACAGGUUUAACUAAGCUGAAACGUAUGAUACUCAUUGGAGGCCCCAACGAUGGCGUUAUCACUCCAUGGCAAAGCAGUCACUUUGGAUAUUACGACAAUAACAACACUGUGAUAGAUAUGCGUGAUAGAUCUAUUUAUAAAGAUGACAUGAUUGGUUUGAAAACAUUAGAUAAACAGAGCAAAUUGAAGAUCAUCACAGUGCCUGGAAUUCCUCAUUCUGAAUGGCAUAAAAAUAUCUCUAUAGUAGAUCAAUUUUUGUUACCAUAUUUAGAUUAAAUUUAACGAAAUAUAAGUAAAAUAAGUUCGAGAAACUUGCCAAAUAUUAUAGUAAAAGACCUAAAAAAAAAUUUUUUUAUUUUUCGAAUAGACGCUUCUUUCUCUACGUGUGAUACUCGCUCGACUGAUUUUAUACGUGAAGAAUUACUCGUGUAAGCGAAUUACUUUUCACGUAAAUGUAUAAAUGUAAUCAAAUCUUAUUCCAAAAGUUUGUACAGACCAUUCAGGGACACCCUGUAUGUAUAAAGAACACUGUCGAUCUCGCCAUGCUAUACUUGACGCAAGACACUACCGUGUCUCAUAAUACGUGUCAUAUACCUAUAAUUAAAAUACAAAAUUUUAAUCUAACGGCCAAACAGUAAUAAGCAAGCAAAAUUUGAAUGUUCGAUGAUAAAUGUAAAGUUUAAUUUUAAAAUAAUACAAUGUGAGAUGUGAAUAUUUUUCGUAGUUAAGGAACGCAUUUAUAAAAUGAUUGGGAAAUAUCUAGAAUGUUAAAAAAAUUAUAUAUUGCAUAUUCCAAAUGGCCUGUAAAUUAAUAGGAAAAGAUUUGUUAGUAACUUUUACUAUUAAUAAAUUUAUUCAUUUUACUAUUACAAAAUUAUCAUUAUAUUACUAUUAUUGUGUUCAUUCUUUGUCAUGACUAUGCUCCUCGGGGUAUUUUGUUAAAGUAUUGUUGGCACAUUGCCGUGUAUUAUUAAAUGUCUAUAUAUUACAUAGU